ACGAUGACUGAUGUCCACAGGGAGACAAAUGUGUGGUUGUGGGGAAAAAGGCGCCUGCAGCUUUCAACCUGAUCACAAACUUGGAUUUGAAGGGAGCGCGCCCCGCCCUCCUGCUCCUUAUAACCAGAAAGCCUGUUUGCAGAAACGCUCAAACAUAAGAGGAACACAGGAGAACGCACCGCUGUACAUGAACCUCUCCCGGAGACGCACUCUGGCUACAAAGACUUUACGGAUUACACUGGUUUGUUUCCACCUCUCAACGGCAACAAAGCGACCAGAAGCGACCAUGGAUUUUCUCAACCACAACUACUUGAACGCGCGCAGCCCCUACGACUACACCUUCAAUUUCUGGAACGACUAUCUCGGCCUGACGACGCUGGUCACGAAGAACAACAAGCUCAGCAUGCCCCAGAACCCCAACUCCAUCACCGAGUCCCUGAAGGCGACCCUGGGCUUGGACGACUCCCCGCCGUGUCCGUGCGUAAUCGCGGGCGGCGUUGGGGACGGCGGGCACCUGGACUGCUGCUGCCCGUCCGGGAGCCCCCCGCCGGCCUCCAUCCUGGACCUGAAGGAGCGCUUCUCGAUCCUCAGCCCCUUCCAGAGCCAGCUCGGCGUGCAGCUGCCGGAGAGGGACGUGGGCUUCGGGGGCAGCUUCGCCGGGUUCGACCUGUUCGGCGUGGAGAGGAAGAUGCGCAAACCCGCGCCCAGGGGCAAGCAGGAGCCCAAAAUCUGCGUCUUCUGCCGAAAUAACGGAGCGCCAGAGGAGGUGUACGGCUCCCACGUCCUGAAGACCCCGGACGGCCGGGUCGUGUGCCCGAUCCUGAGGGCUUAUACCUGCCCCCUGUGCAGUGCCAACGGGGACAAUGCCCACACGAUAAAAUACUGUCCACUGUCCAAAGACCAGCCAUCCCAGCGACCAUUAAAGGGGGGUAGGGCAGUGGGUGGUAAGAGGAUGAAAAUAUUCUAAACAAGACAAGACUAUAAAAGUAAAUUUAAUUGCACUGAACAAUUUCCAGAUGACUGUUUUUAAUUUCGGCUCUAGCCUUUACCCCAGUUUCACAAACAUAUUGAUUUUAUCCUUUUAUUUCUCUAAGAUCUCUUAUAUUUUUAUAGUUCAUUUAUCCACAUAGAAUAAUUUUAUGCUUUAUACAUUGGAUUUUAUUUUUUCUUUCUAUAGUUUGUAGUCAUUUGAGCGUGUGCAUAUAAAUACACCGAUGUAUCAAUAAUCACAAAGUGUGAAUACAUUUUAAAAAAGAAAGUAUUUUGGUCAUGUAGGGAAACACACUGACAUUGGCAAAGGGGAUGAAUGUCAUAUUUCUACCAAGUAUUUUUGUACGGUGAGCUAAGCUCGCUGCGAUUUUUCCUUUCUCGUCUUAGAAAACCAAAGUUACGUUUGCCAUUAAAGAAGCUGAAGAAUGUGUCAUUAGCAGUGAGAGCUUGUGUGCUUGUCUGACCGGGAGCUGUAGAGGAGGUGCAGGAGGAGACUCUCUGGUCCCAUCUGCCUGCCCAGAAAAACUCCACAACAUAUUUUCCAACUUGCUUUUAAAAGUUGACAUUCAAUCUGUGAGGCAGGGGAGACAAGGAGGGUAAAGACAAUGCGGCCUCUGUUUAGGGCUCAUAUCCUCCGGGGACCAUUAUAAUCAGUUGUUGCAAAGCCAAACCCUCUUUUCCAGUCCUAUGUGACGAGGAAGUUUUCUGACUUCACAAGCGGUCAGAGAGGAGAGAUAACUACAUUUUCUUUAUGUUUACAUUCGCACACAAGGGGCGAACACACUGGAUCUCCUUUCCUUUUUCUGUUUUUUUGAUUUGCCCCUGAUGUUGUUUUCACUUUAGAGUCUCAUGGGCACGUCUGCUCUUCACAAUAUGAAAAUGGAGCGAGUCCCUUUUACCCCCCGUCACGCUGAAUGUGUGGGGGGUGAGAAAGAACAAAUGAAUGUCAGUAAACAACAACAACAACAACAAAAAAACAAACCUGUUAACCCCAUUAUUUUCCUUUUUUCCCCCCUAAAGAAUCCAAAAAAAAGAUGCAAAAAUGUUGUGAAUGUAUGAUUGAACGUGUCACUUGCAGGACUGCACAUUUCUGACAGUUUUGUUUACCAAAGGAAUUCAAUUGCAUUGAAGAGCGAAGAGAGAUUUGCUGUAUUGUACAUAAAGUGAUGUUUAUUCAGUAUUUUAACAUUACAAGUGACUUCAGAGGGCGCUACCUCAACAGGAUUUUGUACUUACAUGUAAAAUGUCAACAGCAGUUUAUUGAUAUAGUGCUGCCAUUUAUAAUAAGGGUUUUUUGAUAGUAUUUUUGAUCUUUGUAUAACAUAAUUGUAUUUUCAUUUUGUUGCAUUUUAACAUGACGGAAGUGAAUUUCCAAGAAGCUAUAAGCAUUGCUCGCCACAAGGUGAUUGUCUGUAAAUAAUGGUGACACCCAUACUUUGGAAAGUUUUAGUUGUUCGAUGUUACAGUCUUGGGAGUGUGCGACCGAGUGGAUAUUGAAAAAGGCUGACGAAAAAAUUUGCCACUUUUAACAGAGGUGUUGUUUUUUUCUCCUUUGGAUUAAAUGAAUAAGAGAAAAAAAAGAUAAAACACUGUUGAACUUUGUUAUUUAUAUUUUACCACAAUUUUUCCUGUAUGCUGCUGUGCAGAAUAACAACAUAUGAAUUCACUAGAGAAAUAAAAACUUAUCAAAUA